ACAGUGUCUGGUCGUUCCGGAGGACUAACUCUAUUCGAUUGCCGAUAAAUAUCUGGAAACAGCUAUUGAUGUAAUACACUAUGGUUGCGGCUGGAAGUCUUAACUCCACCUUAAAUGAAACAGCUAAUCCUGCCGCUUGUCCUGAACAUUACGAAACAACCGCAACACAGACCAUAAAGACACUAGUUUACUGUGUUAUUAUUUUAUUCUCGCUUGUUGGAAACUCGAUAGUAAUAUUUACAGUGUGGCGAAACAACAGUAUGAGAAGUGUCACCAAUCUCUUCAUCGGAAACCUGGCCGCCAGCGAUCUUUUAAUCACGUUCCUUGGAAUGCCAAACAUGAUAACUCAGCUAUAUCUCGGACAAAAGUGGAUUUUCGGAGAUGCUAUUUGCAAGAUCGUGGUAUUUUUUCAGAGUAUUAGCGAUUUCCUUCGAUCGUUUCUGGGCAGAUUCAUGCUUGGUGUCACCUGGGGGACUUCGUUGGCAGUAAUGGCUCCUUUUCUGUACGCGCAAAGGGUCGUAGUUGGGCCCCAAGGGUACGAGAGGUGUAUCGAAGAUUGGGCCCCAGCUUUUAACCCCCAAACUGCGGCAAAGGACUACACCUUGGUGUUGUUCGUGACAUUGUACGUCUUUCCGUUACUUACAAUGCUCUUCAUGUAUUCAUUUAUUGUCUCUAAACUAUGGAAAAGGCAAAUUCCGGGUUUUCGUUCGAGCCGAGACGAGAUCAGAACGCGCACAUUGACAAAUAAAGUCGUCAAAAUGCUUAUAACAGUGAUAACUCUGUUCUGUGUAUGUUGGCUGCCUCUUCACGUGUACCUGUUUAUGGUUUAUUUCGCCUAUGAUAAAAUAACCUGUUUUGACUCCUCCAUGAGCUUUUAUUUCACUUCGCUGUUCUUACAACAUGCAAACUCGGCCAUAAAUCCAUAUUUAUACGCUUUAUUUCAUCAGAAAUAUCGGGAAGGGUUCAAAGCGGCUUGGACAUGUUCCUUUAUUAGGUUUUGA